CAAGGCACAUGCAUUGCGAAGAAACCAUCAUUGCAGAAACCAAGACACAUUCACCAGCAUGAAGCGACUUCUGCUUCUUUGUCUCUUUGUAUAUGGCACCCAGUGUACUGUCACAGACACAUUCUAUGACUAUUCUUUCCAGGAAGAAACCUUGGGAACGGCCCAACCUGUAGUUGACCCAAGGGGACACAGGCCUUUGUCGAAAGGCAGUGACCACUACUCUUCCUCCAAUGCCGCCCCUCCACCUGUCAGCGGGCCCAAUCGGUACCGAGGGCGGCCCUCUACGACCUCCACCGAUGAAAGUACCCGGGAACAGCAGAAGGUGGUCCAGCCAGAUGCAGGGGGCUGCACCCACCUCUCAGAGAAAAUGGGUGUCAUGUGUCCAACUGGAUGUGAACUGAAAACUAACAUCUUGAAACAAGAGAGAACAGUGACAGCAGCAGUCAAUAAGCUGAAGACAGAUGUUAAUGAACUGUCUAAAUCCUCAAACACCAUCUCCCACUACGUGGAUGGCCUUUCCAAUGCGCUCAGAGAGAGGCAGCGCAUCAAUCAGGACAACGACAAUGUGGUCGGGCAGUACACCAAUGACCUGGAGGGCCAGCACGCCUUCGUGAAGACCACCGUCGACACCACGUUCCCGUCCAACAUCAGGAUCCUCCAGAAGGUCCUGGAGACUCUGCGGGACAAAAUACAAAAGGUGGAGAUGGCCAUCAUGAGCCAGAGGACAAGGUGCGAGAAGCCUUGCACCGUCUCUUGCCCCAUCCCGGUGGUUUCUGGGAAAGAGUGCGAGGACAUCUUCCGGAAGGGAGGGGACAGCUCGGAGAUGUACAUGAUCCAGCCCGACUCCUUCUUCAAUCCAUACAAAGUGUACUGUGACAUGACCACUCAGAAGGGAGGCUGGACUCUGAUUCAGAACAGGCAGGAUGGCAGCGUGGACUUUGGCAGAAGGUGGGACGAUUACCGGGCCGGAUUCGGCAACAUUGCAUCCGACUCCGGAAAAGGUUUCUGCAACAAUCCAGGGGAGUACUGGCUUGGGAAUGAAAAAAUCAGCACGCUGACCAAAAUGGGCCCGACCGAGGUUCUGAUCGAAAUGGAGGACUGGAAAGGUGACACAGUGCAGGCCCAGUAUGAGCAAUUUACCAUCGAGGGCCACUUGUCGGGUUACGUGCUGGCAACAGGCAAGUACUCGGGCACUGCGGGUGACUCCUUCCUGGAGGGGGCCAGUGAGCUGGUGGGAGAGAACCGGACCAUGACCAUCCACAACGGCAUGAUGUUCAGCACUUACGACAGAGACAACGACAAAUGGAUUCCGGGAGACCCAACCAAACAGUGCGCCCGGGAGGAUGGCGGAGGCUGGUGGUACAACCGCUGUCACUCGUCCAACCCCAACGGCAGGUACUACUGGGGCGGGGAGUACACCAAAGACAUGGCCAAGCACGGCACAGACGAUGGCAUUGUGUGGAUGAACUGGAAGGGAUCCUGGUAUUCCCUGAAGGCCAUCAGUAUGAAGAUCAGGCCGUUCUUCGCCUCGUGAUAGUGUUCGUCCGUGAUGGUCAGACACUCCCCUUCAAGAUCACCCAAUAACCUUGCAUCAUCUCACGUAAUCCCAGAGCUCCCAAAGUGUUAGAAACAGCACUCAGCAGCAAUGCUGGUAACAUUUAAAAGACUGUAAAAUACCGUUGGCAGUGUUAACUUGGAAGAUAUUUAAAAUGUUUAAAAACUAUUUGUUUGCAUGUAUUAGAGAAUGAGAAACAACUAUAGAUACAUGGAUCACAGAAUGUGUACUGUAUGAAGGCAACUCUUGAUCUGAACAAUGGAAGCAGAAAAAAAACUGACUGCAUUAUACGGUCCAAAGCUUCAAAACAUACCUGUGAUAUUAGAUAAUCACUAUUUCGCAAACUGGACAUAAAGGAAGAGACAACGGGCACUAAAACUGUUAUCUGGUCAUUUGAUUUGUUUCAUGCAAAGACAAAGACAUGGGAAGGUCUGAGUUGAUGUGGCUUCUUGGUUUCUGUCCAUCAAUAAAAUAUGUUGACGAGCAUCUUCAA